AUGGCUUCCAGGUUAGAAGAAAUUAAAGCUGACAUCAAAGCAAUUAAUGAGAGACACCAAAGAUACAAUUUUCGUCAAGAAGAGGAACAAGGGGAAAGUUUUCAAUGGCAUAGAGAGUCACCACUUUCUGCUGAAAAUGAUGUUGUGGGAAUGGAAGGAUAUGAGGAGACAUUGUUAGAUUGGUUGCUAAGUGAGGAACGGCGAGACUUGAUGAUUUCGGUGUGGGGAAUGGGAGGUUCUGGUAAAACUACAAUUGUGGCUAAGUUUUACAAUAACAGAGAAGUGAAAAAAUAUUUCCAGUGCUCUGCUUGGAUCACCCUCUCCCAGGAUUUUGUAGUCGAGAAUCUUUUCAAGUCCAUGAUCAAAGAGUUCUACAAGGCAGGGAAGGAUUUGGUUCUGACUGACAUAGAUAAAAUGGGCUACGAUGGGCUGGUGAGGACAAUUCAGGAGUACUUGCAGCAAAAGAGAUAUGUAAUUGUCCUAGAUGAUGUUUGGAGUCUUAAUUUUGAUCUCUGGAGACAAAUAAAAGCUGCAAUUCCUUCAACAAGAAACAGAAGUGCAAUAAUGGUUACAAGUCGGAUGGAGGAAGUUGCUAGUCUUUCUUUUGGAAUUCCAAACAGUAUUCACCACAUUCUCUACAUUGAACGUCUUCCGGAGAACAAGGCUUGGGAACUGUUCUGUAGAAGGGCAUUCACAAAUGUUCCUAAUCAACGUUGCCCUCUACUGCUUGAGCCCACAGCUAAAGACCUUGUAAGACGCUGUAAAGGAUUACCUCUCACAAUUGUGGUUCUGGGUUAUCUCAUGUCAUCCAAGGAAAAGACAGAGUUAGAAUGGAAGAAAGUUUGUCAGAACCCUAAUUGGGAACUAAUCAACAACCCCAGGUUCGAACGCGAAAAAUACAUCUUGCUGCUUCGCUUUCAUGAUUUACCAUACCACCUUAAGCAUUGUUUCAAAUACUGUUGUGUUUUCCCUGAAGAUUACUUGAUUAAAAGAAAAAGGCUUAUUAGGCUAUGGAUAGCAGAAGGGUUUGUGGAAAAGAUUAAAGACAAGACUCUUGAGGAGGUAGCAGACACUUACCUUGAGGAGCUAGUUUGUCGAAGCAUGCUUCAAGUUGUAAAGAAGAACCAUUUUGGAAGAGCGAAAAGCGUUCGAUUGCACGAUCUUAUGCGUGAGCUAGGCCUUUCGAUAUCUAAAGGAGAGAAGUUUUGUGUGUCAUAUAACAGGGGAGAGGGAGAAGAAGUGGCUAAUGCACGUCGCUUAGCAAUGCACAAAUGUGACGAAGACAUUCCACGAUGUUUUGAUAUGUCAAAGCUCCGCUCGUUCUUUGUAUUUGCUACAGAAACAACUAUGUCAAGCCAGUCAUAUGAAUUGCCAAAGAAGUUCAAAUUUCUAAGAGUCUUGGAUCUGCAAGGUGUCCCUAUUACAAUUUUACCAGAUGAAAUAGGGGAAUUGUUCAGUCUAAGGUAUUUGAACUUGAGAGAAACUCACAUUAAGGAAAUUCCAAAAGCCUUGGGUAAGCUUCGAAACCUACUAACUUUAGAUAUCUGCGAUACCAAGGUAGAGAAACUCCCAACAAGUGCAGUGAAUUUGCAUAGUUUGUGCAAUCUACUUAUGUAUCAUUAUGAUCCCAGAAGAUCUAAAUCUUUUGAUUUUGUCAGUGGAACGAAGGUACCAUUUGACAUAAGUAAGCUGGAGAGUUUGCAAGUUUUAGCAUCUAUCGAAGCAGAUGAUGACAUUGUUAGAACACUUGGGAAUAUGACACAACUUAGAAGGAUUGGCAUUACAAAGGUGAAGGCCGGCCCUCAGGUUUGGCAGUUGUGUGCAACAAUACAAAAACUGAAUCUCCUUCGCAGCCUAUUUUUAAUGUCUUAUAUUGGGCAUGAACUCAAUAUGAAUUAUUUGAAGCACCCUCCUCCCCUUCUGCAAAGGCUCACUCUGGUGGGGAAAUUGCAGUCAGUACCUAGAUGGUUUGGCUCUCUUAAUGAUCUAACCUUUUUGUUCUUGAAAUGCUCCAUACUAAAGGAGAAUCCCCUGCUUAAAAUUCAUGCUUUGCGCAACCUUCGGCGUCUUACUCUUUCAAAUGCAUAUGAAGGGAAUCUCCUGCACUUCCAUCCCAUGUGGUUCCCUAUGCUGAAGAUACUAAGAUUGUGGAAUUUGUCGCAGUUGAAUAAAGUAAUAAUCAAGAAGGGAACAAUGCCUGAUAUCGAAGAUCUAUGGGUGGGUGGCUGCUGCAUGUUAAAGAUGCUACCUCAAGGUAUUGAAUACCUUAGCAAGCUGAAAGAACUAACCUUGGAUGAUAUGCCGGUCGAAUUUGUAGAGCAGCUGCGUGAAGGUGGCAGGGAUCGUCCAAGGAUUACCCAUAUCCCUCAGAUCAACCAUUACUACCGGAUAUCUGGCAAAAUGCAUCAUGAAAGUUUAUCGUGA